UAACUGAACGUGAAGUUAUCAACGAAAUUCUUAACGUUAAGAACACAAAAAAUCAUUGUCUCGCUUACGUUUGGUACAUCAACAAUAUAAACCUUCAGAACCUAAAGAAAGCUGGCAACUUCGUGGACAUUCUUAACAGGAGCUUAGAUGCAGAAGCUUCCAAACUAUUGGCUGGUCUAAGAGAUGUGAGGCUACCAGAGAAAAUUGAAACAACAAACAUACAAAAGUAUACUGUUGAAUGGAUUGGUCGCGAUGGACUUGACACGGAAACUCGUGGAGAAUAUCUUAACCAAUUUAUAUCACACUUCUACAAAAAUAUUAUCAAGCUCGUUGAGAGGUUUAACAAAAAUAGCACUGUUAUUCCCUACGCUACAGUACAACCAACAAAAGGUCGCUCACAACACUGA